GGAAGUAGCAACGAACAAAGUCUGUAAGGCGGUGUCUGGGCUUUCAGCCUCGCCCGCCCAUCAAAACGAUACAGACGCGAUACGCCUCGCCUCGUCCAGACGCGUCGUCUGCUAAUCCGAGUGCAGCCGGCUAUGCUUGGGGCAUCGGGUAUGGCCGCCGUGGGACCGGUGUUCUUCGCUCUAGUCCUGUUCCUUGGUUCUGCGACCGAUGGCGGCGAAGGACUAUCUUUCUUUCCCGUUCCUGACGCGGAAAAGGAAGCGAAGUCGAGCUUCUGGUUCGACCAGGGCAUGUCCGAUAUCGAGGCUCGCCUCAAGAUCCAGCACAGCACCGGCCUGGCGAAGAGGGUGGUCAUCUUCCUGGGGGACGGCAUGGGGCUGUCCACGGUGACCGCGGCCCGCAUCUACAAGGGACAGAAGCAGCGCAAGGCCAGCGGCGAGGAGAGCGUCCUGUCCUGGGACGCCUUCCCGCACGUGUCCCUGUCCAGGACGUACGGGCUGAACGUGCAGACGUCGGACUCUGCCAACACUGCCACGGCCUACCUUUGCGGGGUCAAGGCCAACUACGAGACGCUGGGCGUCGACUCCAGAAUACGGAGCGGAGACUGCCACAGCGACCCGAGCACGCACCUGCCGAGCAUCAUGCAGUGGGCCCAGGCGGCUGGCCUGUGGACGGGCGUGGUGACCACCACCCGGAUCACGGACGCCACCCCGGCGGCCAGUUACGCCCACGCCGGCUACCGCAAGUGGCAGUCGUCCGUGCCCGACGGCUGCGCCGCCAAGGACAUCGCCUACCAGCUCGUCCACAAUACGCCGGGCUCACAGUUCAAGGUUAUCCUGGGCGGCGGUCGGGGCAUGUUCCUGGACAAAUCCAUGAAAGACGAAGAAGGUCAACCCGGGGAUCGAGCCGACGGCCUCAACCUCAUCCAGAGCUGGAAGGACUCCAAGAAGGACUCGGCCAACGCCAGCUUCAUUUGGACACGACAGCAGCUACUCGGUGUCAAACCCGAGAGGACUGGGUACCUGCUCGGUCUGUUCGACAAGGACCACCUGCCGUACGUGCCGGAGAGGAGUGACCCGGACACAACCAAGCCCACCCUCCCCGAGAUGACGAAGGUGGCGCUGGACAUUCUGCUGAGAUCUCCGUCCGGGUUCGUUCUUCUCGUCGAAGGAGGUCGCAUCGACCAUGGCCACCAUGUGACUCGUGCUGGGUUGGCGAUGGAGGAAGCGCUCGAGUUUGACCGCGCAGUGGAGGACACUGUGCGGCGACUGGGCUCCGAGGACUCGCUGAUCGUGGUCACCGCCGAUCACUCGCACACCUUCACCAUGGGAGGAUAUCCCAAGCGGGGCAACAACAUUCUGGGCAUAGCAGGCUACUCGGACGUGGACCAGCUGCCGUUCACAUCCCUCGCGUACGGCAAUGGUCCGAAUAGCAGGAAGGAGCGGACGAACUUCACAGAAGACGAAACCACAUCGAUGUCCUACGUCCAGCACGCGGCUUUUCCGGCUUGGUUGGAGACGCACGCCGGCGAGGACGUGGCCGUGUACGCGACGGGCCCCUGGGCACACCUCUUCUCCGGCGUGCACGACCAGACGUACAUUCCGCACGUGCUUGCCUACGCGGCCUGCAUAGGGCAGUUUGCCGGAGACGGCUGCCACGCGCGCCGUGCACCGACGAGAUGACGGCCAGUGCCUGCGUGAGGGGUGUGUGGACUGAAGCACGGGGGAAGGAGAGAGAUGUGCCUGAACAAGGUUGUUGUUCGAAAGGUCUUUGAAAUGGGCUCCCCCGGAGCAACGAGUGCGGCCGAUGCCACUUAGAAAACUAGGCCUGCGCCUGAUUUCAUCGUAACAGCGCUUGAGACGAGGGCAACACGAUGCUCCGUGUUGUCCAGUCUCCUUUUUUGUUCUCGUCUAAAGCGCUAUCAUGUUUUUGAAUACCCACUAGUGUUGAUGUUUGGGAAGGGAAGGUGGGGUGCUUUGGCCUUCAUGUAGUAUUGGUACGGCCGUCAUCGGCCAGGUUUCUUUCGACUCGUCUGACCAAGGCCAGUCAGGGUGACAAGUUUGCCCAAGCACCGCGCAUCUCCCUGCAGGAGUGCUGUUGGUUUAGAAUCUUCGCGCGGCAUUGCAAACGUGUGCCCGAAUGAGGACGCGUCUCCUUGAUUGGCCCUCAUCGGCCCUUUACAUGCUGCGCCAUAUCGCGGCCUUUGCCAGAAAUGCGAGUGAACCUUCGCCACAUCUCCCCCGUGGCGAUGCGGUGCCGUUCAGACUCCUGGCUCUUCCACCGUGGACAGCUGCGACGCUGCCAAGACGUGCACUGAUGGUCGUGAAGAAAGUAGGAAUGUGAAGACGUCGACGACAACACCUGCGUGUAACUUUACGUGGAAAUGGCCUGCCCAGUUGCAGCACCUAGCUGCAGCAUCUGCUGGGUCGUACUUCUUACGGUGAUGGCCGUCUCGGGGACAACUUUUCUUGGCAACGAAGCCAAAAAUACGGGCACCCGUGCCCUCUCCCAUUUUGAGCGCCGAUUAAAGCUGUGCGGGCGCUCUCCUUUUCUCCUCGGGAAUGCUAAGAAAAGUUGUCCCCGAGUGUAGAGAGUUUGAAAAGAUAGUUCCGAUGACUCCGACAACGACACCCUAUAUACUCCAUCACUGCCUUUCCG